GCGAUAGCAUGAGCACCCCAGAGUGCUUUUGACAGCUCAUUCCCAUGUCCCCACUUGCACGGGACAGGAUAGGUGCCAGCUUUGGCCAAGUCUUCACAGCGGGGUCUUUACCCUCCCCAGGUACGAGCAGUGGCUCCUGGCUGCUAUAAAGCUGGUGGCCUCGAUAGCACAGCCGAGUCUCCCCAGGAUGAUGUUUCUGUGGGCAGUUGCCUGCCUGGCCCUUGCCAGCACAGUCUCAGGCUGUGGGGAGCCCAGCAUCAGCCCCUCGCUCUCCCACACUGAGAGGAUCAUCAACGGGCAGGACACAGUGCCCGGCUUGUGGCCCUGGCAGGUCUCCCUGCAGAACCGCUACGGAUCCCACUUCUGUGGUGGCUCCUUGAUCAAUGAGAACUGGGUCGUCACCGCUGCCCACUGCGAAUUCAAGCCACUCUUGCACGUCGUCAUCCUUGGGGGAUAUGACCGCACCUCUAGAGCUGACCCCGUUCAAGUGAAGAAUGUGGUCAGGGUCAUUACGAACCCCGACUGGAACUCCUACACCCUGAACAAUGACAUUGCCCUGCUGAAGCUUGCCUCGCCUGCCAAGCUGGGACCCCAUGUGUCCCCCGUCUGCCUGCCCCCCACUGACCUGCAUCUGCCUGACAACCUCCAGUGUGUCACCACCGGCUGGGGACGCAUCAGCGUCAACUCCUACAUACUGGCAGACAGCCUGUAGCAGGUAUCCCUGCCCUUGGUCUUCUCCAGUGAGUGCGCCAAAUACUGGGGAAGCCAGAUCACCAGCUCCAUGGUCUGUGCCGGCGGUGCCGGCGCCUCCUCCUGCCAGGUAAGGAGCCAAAUUCCUGCUGCAGCACAGGGAGGCCAGAGGAAGAGGAGAACACAUGGGGUCCUCCUCUCCUCAACCUUGCAUGGACAGAGUGAGAGAUUUAAGCUCCAUGUCCCCGCGACCAGGUGCCUGGGGUGUCAAGGACCAGUUCAGAGCAUGUGGUGGGACCACUAAGCAUGGGGUGUCUUUUCCACAGACUGACUCUGGUAUACCAGGAUGAGGGCGUCUGGACCUUGACUGGCAUUGUCUCCUGGGGAAGCGGCAACUGCAAUGUCAACACACCAACUGCCUACACCCGUGUAAGCCACUUCCGAAACUGGAUCGACAGCGUUGUUCAGGCUUAGAGACAGAGCUGGUGCGGGAGGGAUCUUGUUGCUGGUGGCUGCUCCCAGCACGGAGAGCUCAGCAGAGCUGGGAGCAAGGCUUUGGAAUAAAGUGUCAACAUUU